AUGGCAUCUCCAUCCUGGAAUGACGAGCCAGUGAAUUAUGCUCAACUGUCAUGCGAGCCUUGUAGAAAAGGCAAACGGCGAUGUGACCGAGCAUUGCCCAGAUGUGGGCUGUGCUCUAGAAAGGGGGUCGGAUGCGUUUAUCUUUCACGUCGUCAAGCUCGCGAGACUCAUCGGAAACCGAUACAAACUCGAAGUGAGAGCCGAUUGGCUGCUACAGCUACGCCAAACAAUUUGCCAAGCUCUAGUGUGAAUGGUUCCCGCUCGAACAGUCGAGUUGAUAGCCACGUCUCUCAUGCGAGUACUCCCUUUGUGAGCCUUGAAUCCCCUGCAACCUCGGAGGACGCCGCCUCAGCAACUGCGUUAUACUUCAUCGCACCACACAUUUUUCAGCAGGCACAGCUCGAGCUGCCCCAGAUUCAUGUCUCUAUACCAGCAAAUCUAUCGCCAUUCCAAAACAACUCCUCUCGCAUCCGGAGCAUCGCCUAUACUUUCUUUGACUCAAUUCACUGGUGGAUGCCCAUUAUCUCGAAAAGGGGAUUCUUUGCGCAUCUGUUGAAUCCCCUAUCACAGCGCCGAAGCGAGCUCAGUCUGCUCAUCAUAUGCAUGCAGCUUUACUGUGAGCCCGAUUUUAGCCCUGGUACGGGGACGCUUGGCAUCAAUGCUUUGUAUCACGAUGCCAAGAGAUUGCAUUUUAGGAUGGAGGCCGCUGGUGUCUUGUCACUCCGACUUCUCCAAGCGGGUAUCUUGAUUGCGCUGUACGAGUUAGGGCAAGCCAUUUACCCGGCCGCGUAUCUAACAGUUGGUUCUUGCGCGCGAUAUGCCACAGCAAUUGGUGUCGAUAAACUGACAGACAACGAGACAUCCAUUGGGUAUGGAAAUACUCGCACCCUGUCUGAGGUUGAGGAACGAAGACGUGCGUGGUGGAUCAUUUUAUUUCUAGAUCGGUUUUUAAACAUCAAUAACCCCGGCAGGUCACUAGCAACCAAAAACCCGACGUUCAAUGACUUCCUUCCGGUUGAUGACAAACUAUGGGAUGACGGCAUUGUUAAAGCGAGCGAUUUUUACACUAUAUCUCAAGCGUUUACUCUCGAGAUGGGUAUGUUUUCCCGAUUUGGGCAGGCCACCUAUAUGCUCAACCAGGCUCUCGACCUUGUGAGCCCGGAUAACCAACAGAGCGCAAUCGAGAGAAACCAGCAGAUAACCCAAUUAAGACGAACAGUUUAUGCAUUAAUAACGGUUUCAAACGCUGAAGCUGAUGCCAGAGAGCUGAGGGUAUGCGCUGGCUUCUGUCCCCAGCUAUCUAUUUGCUCUAGUAUCAUAUUCUUGCUUCAAGAGCAUCAAUGGCGAGUGAACCGCAAUAAUAUGAGCGAUGUGCCCAAUAAUGUCUCAGCGAGAGACACUUGGGAUGAGACUAUAUCCUCUCUGGACUACAUAGCUACAGCUUGUCAAGGCUUUCGAGACCAUGUGGUAGAUGCCACCUCCGCACUGGUCGCCACUCCAUUUCUGGCCCAUGUGGUAUAUCAGGCAGCAUUGUUUCUAAUUCGGAUGGGUCAAGGGGCUCCUGAUAGUAUCGUAACUGGGCGCAUAUCCCUCUAUAAGGGCCUCUUGCAAGAUAUUGCUGCCAGAUGGAAGAUGGCUAGCGUCUAUUUGAGCAUCUUGGAGGCGCAAGAAAUCACGACGGCUUCCGAGGCCAUGUGUGGUCCUCGACCCUUUAGGUAUUCUCAUGAAACUAAUCGUAAUAAGGAGUAA